AUGUCGCUGGUAAGCCAGAAUGCGCGCCGCCGGCGCCGCAGUGUAAAAGCCACUGCGCAGGACGGCAGCAGCUGGGAUGACACGCAGGCCCCUGAGGCCCCCGGGUUCCCCGCUGCUACGCCAGGCCCAGACGACCCCCGGGGCCUUUGUGACUGUGAGGGCCCAAGCACCUCUGUGCCGCCCACCCCCGAUGAGGUCCUAAGCUCCUCUGUGCCGCCCGCCGCCUCUGAGGGCUCAAGUGCCUGCCGGCAGCCCGCCGUCUCUGAGGGGCAGAACACCUCCGGCCCGCCCACCCCCGAUGAGGGCUCAAGCACCUCCGGGCCUCCAGCCAUCUCUGAGGGCUGGAACACCACUGUGCCACUCACCGCCUCUGAGGGCUCAAGCGCCUGUGUGCCGCCCACCCACGGGAAGGGUCAGAGCAGCUCCGUGCUGCCCACUGACUCUGAGGGGUCGAACACCUCCGUGCCGCCCUCCCCCGGUGAGGGCCCGAGCACUUCGGCGCCCCCCACCGCCUCUGAGGGCCCUGGCACCUCGGUGCCGCCCACCGCCUCCGAGGGAGCGAACACCUCCGUGCCGACCCCCUCCGGUGAGGGCCCCAGCACUUCUGUACUGUCCAGCACUGGAGAGGGCCCGAGCACCUCGGGGCAGCCCACCGCCUCCAAGGGACUCAGCACGUCUGUGCUGCUCACCCAUGGUGAGGGCCCGAGCACCUCGGGGCAGCCCACCACCUCCAAGGGACUCAGCACUUGCCUGCUACCCGGUCCUGGCAAGGGCCCGAGCAUCCGAGAGAUGCCAACCCCUGCUGGGGGCCCAAGCACCUCCGUGCAGCUCAAGGCCUCCAAGGGACUCAGCACUUCCAUGCUGCCCAGCCCUGGGGAGGGCCCGAGCACCUCCAGGAUGCACAUUGCCUCUGAAGACCCUACUGCAUUGUUGAGCUCCAGUGCUUCCGUGGGCAGGAACCUCUGCAAGUGCUCCAUUGCUGUGCCGAGCCGUAAGGUCGCCAAGGCUUCUGCUGACUGUGAGGGCCCUAAGGGUGCAGGAGGCCCCGUGGAAUUCCAGGUCCUGAGAGACUGUGAGAGUUCCAACAGCAUUACCAUUAUGGGCAUGGGCACUUCCCCAGUUGUCCUUACCCUGAAGCCCCAGGAUCCUAUGGAGCAGAACGUGGCCGAGUUGUUACAGUUCCUGCUGGUCAAAGAUCAGAGCAAGUACCCUAUAAGGGAGUCUGAGAUGCGAGAAUAUGUUGUUAAAGAAUAUCGCAGCCAGUUCUCUGAGAUCCUCAGACGAGCAGCAGCCCACCUGGAGUGCAUUUUUAGGUUUGAAUUAAGGGAGCUUGACCCUGAGCAGCGUACCUACAUUCUGCUCAACAAACUGGGACCUGUGCCUUUUGAAGGGUUAGAAGAGAUCCCAAAUGGGCCAAAGAUGGGCCUCCUGAUGAUGAUUCUUGGACAAAUAUUUCUAAAUGGCAACCAAGCCAGAGAGGCUGAAAUUUGGGAAAUGCUCUGGAGGAUGGGGGUGCAGCGAGAGAGGCGGCUUUCCAUUUUUGGGAACCCAAAGAGACUUCUAUCUAUAGAGUUUGUAUGGCAGCGCUACCUGGACUACAGGCCAAUAACUGGCCAUGAACAAGUGGAAUAUGAGUUUUUCUGGGGCCCACGAUCCCACCUAGAAACUAGCAAGAUGAAAAUUCUGAAGUUCAUGGCGAAGAUCUAUAACAAAGAUCCUACAGACUGGCCAGAACAAUACAAUGAGGCGCUGGAGGAAGAAGCUAGCAGAGCCGCUGCUGAGGAAUGGCAGGCUUUCCCUCACUUUAGGAGGCCCUAUUUUGAGGAAAUUCCUGCAGAGGUAGCAAAUCCUGAUUUAGACGUUUCUGCUUAUCCCUCAAAAUACCCCCCACACUCAUGGCCUGAGUCAAGAAUGGAGAGCAAGUCAAGAAAGUUGGUGCAAUUAUUUCUGCUUAUGGAUUCAACUAAGCUGCCUAUACCAAAGAAAGGGAUUCUGUAUUACAUUGGCCGAGAAUGCAGCAAAGUAUUCCCUGACCUCCUGAACCGUGCUGCUCGCACCCUGAACCAUGUCUAUGGGACAGAGUUAGUGGUACUUGAUCCUAGAAACCACUCCUAUACGCUGUACAACCGUAGGGAAAUGGAAGACACUGAAGAGAUCGUCGACAGUCCAAACAGGCCUGGCAACAACUUCUUGAUGCAAGUUCUAAGCUUCAUCUUUAUAAUGGGUAACCAUGCCAAGGAGUCUGCAGUCUGGGCCUUUCUGCGGGGCUUAGGGGUUCAGUCUGGGAGAAAGCACGUGAUCACCUGCAGGUAUCUGAGUCAGCGCUACAUAGACAGUUUACGGGUUCCUGACAGCGAUCCAGUGCAAUAUGAGUUCGUGUGGGGCCCUAGAGCCCGCUUGGAAACCUCCAAGAUGAAAGCUCUACGAUAUGUGGCCAGAAUCCACAGAAAGGAGCCACAGGACUGGCCACAGCAGUACAGGGAGGCAAUGGAAGAUGAAGCCAACAGAGCUGAUGCUGGGCGCAGGCAAUUCCUUGUCCACAACUUCAGAUAGAGGAAUGUGUAGCCGUCAGAGGGGCCUUGGAAGGCUGGAUUCUUAGAGCCCUGAGUCUCAUGUAUUGUGUGUUUGUGUGUGUGGGGUACAUAAUGUAUUUGGUAUUUGUG